UGCGGUGACGCCUUCUCCACGCGACAGCGCGCUGCCUAGCCUUGUUCUCCACGUCUCAGGUUUCGCAAAGGCGCAUGGGAACGACCAGGACGAAGGUGUGUCAAGAUGGCGGAAGCCGAGGAAGCUCCUGGAGAGCACGAGACAGCGACGCCUAGGCCUUUGUUCGCGGGCCUUUCUGAUAUAUCAAUUUCACAAGACAUCCCAAUAGAAGGAGAGAUUACUAUUCCUGUGAGAGCUCGCGCUCGAGAACUUGACAACUCCACAUUAAAUGAGUCUGUUCGCCAUACUAUCAUGCGUGAUCUAAAAGCUGUGGGGAAGAAAUUUAUGCACGUUUUAUAUCCAAGGAAAAGUAACGCUUUGUUAAGAGAUUGGGAUUUGUGGGGCCCAUUAAUACUCUGCGUGACACUUGCCUUGAUGCUACAGAAGAGUUCUGUGGAUGGGGAAAAAGAUGGAGGACCGCAAUUUGCUGAAGUUUUCGUUGUUGUCUGGUUUGGAGCAGUCACUAUUACACUCAAUUCAAAACUUCUUGGUGGAAACAUUUCUUUCUUUCAGAGCCUAUGCGUGCUGGGAUACUGCAUACUUCCUUUGACUGUUGCAAUGCUAGUUUGCCGUCUGGUGCUUUUGGCAGGACAGGGACCAAUAAACUUCAUGAUUCGGCUUUUUGUGGUGGUGGUGAUGUUCGCCUGGUCUGUGGCUGCAUCGACAGCUUUUCUUGCUGACAGCCAGCCUCCAAACCGCAAAGCUCUCGCUGUGUAUCCGGUCUUUUUAUUCUACUUCGUGAUCAGUUGGAUGAUACUCACAUUCACUCCAUAGUAAAUCUGGAUACAGACAGUCAAAACCAGUAAACUGAAGGCUCACCUGAACGGUUGACCAACAACAGCCUCCCCACUCUCUUGUUCAAUUUUUGAGAUAUUAAAAGGGAGCCACAUAGCACUGUUGUCAUUUAUGUAAGGAACUGAUAUUUGCAAGGCUGUCCUUUUCCUCUUAAUGUUAUUUCUUUCAAAUACAUGUGCAUACCACGCAUAGUAAAAUGCCUUUCUACGGCAUGAUGAAGUUACUGUGGUCCAUUAGGGUGACAGCCAGAGACUCGAGGAGCAAGUGGGUCCACUCUACAAAUUAAAAAGGGUUGGUGACCAUCUGCAGCUUGGAGAAUAUUUGUUCAGGUGCAGCUCUUAAACACAUUGCCUUAUGACUAUUAGAAUAUGCCUCUUUUCAUAAGUAGUAAUAGUCUGUAUCCAUUUUCUUCUUCUUUUCUCUCCCAAACUUGAGAAAGCAAAGAGGUUAUGAAGAAGGUUUAUAGACAUGGGAGGAGAAAACAUGCAUUAAUUAAUUUUCACAUUUUGAUCAGAGUUAGUGCUAUACUUGGUUUGUUUGCUUGUUUUUUUUAAGCAAAUGACAUCUAAAUAAUCAGCUUUUAAAAAUUAUUUUUUAUAGUUAUUUUUCUGUCAUGUGUAACAGUACCUCGGCUAGCACUCUAGUUUUUAAUCUUUCUCCUACAUCCUGAAUAUACAAUACUAGCAGUCAGACAUGCAACUUUCCUUUGACUGAAGUUCUCGGUGGUCCAGUGUUUGAGCUUUUCUAAGUAGCAAAGAAGACAGAAAUCUAGGUUUAUGGUUUAUAAUGCAUAUUGUCAGGUGAGCACCUUUUAAGGUACGGGUUACAUAUUACACAGUUAAAAGGACGUAUUCAUUAUUUUGUGUGGUCCAGCCUCAGACUAGAAGGGAAGGCUACAUCAGAAAUGUGCAUUUAACCAAAUAGACACAGACUUUAGUGUUCCGAAGCCUAGGUAACAGAAGGUCGUUUAUGUAACAUGACAAAUGGUAAGUUGAGUUUACAGCUGCUGCCUUUCCUGUAGUGGGCUCAGCAGUUUUUUUCAUUUUAUAUAUAUAUAUAUAGAGUUUUGUUUUAUUUGUUUUGUUUUUGGCUGGGGAAUAGCAAUUUAUUUUGUGUUUUAGACUUUAUUUGUAAACCUAAUUAGCUCCCCUUUAGAUAUGUACAUUUUGCACAUGUGCACCUACCUGUACUCUCAUAUAUUUAUGCACACAAGUGUGAAGGCUUUUCAGGGAACAGAACAUGUGAGACAGGCUGAUUCUCAGCUGAACAGGACUGCUGUAAGAUAGUAAGAACUGUUGCCUUCUAUGUUUCAAUUGAAGAACUAAUAGACAAUAAUUAGGAGUCAGAGAACAUUCAUUGUAAAUAAGCAUUUACUUACAGAGAUAGGAAUUUCUUAUUCCUUGUUUUUUCUUUAUCAUAGCAUUUAAAUAUUUAUUGAUUUUGUAUUUAAAGACUACCUUCAUAUAAAUAGAUGAUUCUAAAAACGUAAUUUUUCCCAUUCUCAGAGUAACCAAAUGAGCAACACUAGGCCAAAUGGGUUCAUGGGAUGAGUUACAAAGCAUUACUGAAUUUGUCCUCUCUGUCUAGGCUUUUCUAAAGGUUUGGGGUUAUGUUUUUGAAUUCAUUGUAAUUUAUCUUUUAAAUUAUAAACCCUGUGAAGAUAAAUAUAGUGUUUCACUCUUGAGUUAGUAAAGAUUUGAAACUGACCCUGAUUUUUGAGAUUUGAGAGUGGUCUCUUUCCACUCAAAUAUCUUUCCUAAGUUGUUGUUGUGUAGUCUUCCCAAGUAAUUAUAAUAAUGAAGAAGGAACCAUAUUUCUCAAAGGAAAUUUAGUCUUUACUGGAUUUUACUCAGGUGAAACAUUUACUCUGAAAUUCCUAAGGCCACAAUUUAUGGGGAUUUGGAGGGUUACACAUAUUGGAUAUAAGGCAGCUUGAUCCUGUGAGUGUUAAUCUGUUGCUCUUGGGUGAAUUGAUGAAUAGUAUUAUGUAGUUGAAUGUAGGACUGGGAGUGUAGUUCAGUGGUAGAGCAUUUGCCAGGCAUGCAUAGAAAAAAAGUGGAUAAACUGGAGGAUUAAUUACUUGUUUCUAGAAUUGAAUAAUAAAAGGGUAUAAUUAUUUUUAAUAUGUGCAAAAGGUCUGUUGCUUUCUGUGAAGUCCUGAGUCUGGAAGUUGUAAUAUAGCUUUUCCUGGUUUGCUGCAAUCAUGGUUGAUUCUAGAAAUGAAGACUGGAAGGGCGGAAGCCUCAAGCAGAGGAACUCCUUCCUGUUCUAGGUUGGUGACAUUUCAUGCUUCUGGUGAAUUUCAGGCUUUUUGAGUAUCCGUGCAGAAUGUGCAUGGGUAUCAGCCAGCUUGGAUGAUCACCUGGCUGCUUUUACAUCUGAGAUCAUGACACUUAAAGUUGAAGACUUGGUUUAAUUGGUGUUCAGAUUACAAAACUCUAUUAAUGACAACAUAUUUGAAUGUUCUGAAUGGUUCAUGAAAGUCACCAUCAAAUAUUAAGGAUUUUUGUGUAUGUGUUUUGUUUGGAUUUUGGCCUCAAAGUUAUAUAAGUUGAAUUUGAUCUUUUCAUUGUGUUGUGGGAUCUUUCUUUUGUUGGGCAAAAUUGCAUAGCAUGAGACUGGUAAUCAUUUCACUGUUGACUAUCUUUUAUAAAUAGUACCCCCAAAAAUGUGAUUAGAAGGCUAAUAAGCCUGUACUUGGAGAUAUAUAAUCUCUUGACUUACUGCAUUUGAGAUGCCUGCUUAUUCCUGAAGAUGAAAAUGAAAAUUUGUCAGUUGCUAUUUUUGGUUACCGUCAAGUCAUCCAUUGCAUGCUGAUGUUUUAGUCUGGUUUGAGCACUGCAAUGAUCCUUAAAUAGACUGUCAGUUUCUGAGACAGUUGGGUGGAUCCAUGUAUGUAAAUUAGAGAUCCUUUCGAUAGAUUCUGUGUGCUUUUGUUAUGAAUAUAGAACUGACAGGGGUAAUAAUUUUAUGAUUAUUAAUAGCUAACACUUAUUGGGCACUUACUGUAUACCAAUUUACUAUUCUACUUUUAAAGUAAUUUUUGUAAUAGCUUUAUUAAAGUUCACUUUACCAUGAAAUCCAUUUUUUCAGAGUGUACAAUUCAGCAGUCUUACUAGAUUUAGAGUUCUACAACAAUCACUGAUAUCUAAUUUGAGAAUGUUUGUCUUUAUCACUGCAGAGAAACCAGUCAUUCCUGUUCUCUAGUUACUGCCGGUCUACUUUCUGUCUAGUCAUCUGGCCAGGCACUGUUUGUAGUGCUUGCUCUAUUUCCUCGACUCCUCAACAUAAAGUGCUCUAAUUUUCAUUUCACAGUAGAAAAUCGAGGCACAGAAAUGGAAGGAAUUGACCAAGGUCAUGCAGGAAGUGAAUUUAUGGUAUGAACACAUUAGAUGAGAUGCAGUCUGCAUUUCACUGUUAGGCACAUGAAAUGAACACAUUCCUUCCCAGGGUGUGUCUCCUGUUACUAACCUUUGCACCCUAGAACUGACUGGAGGUGGAUACAUAUUGUUCUUUUUUCAGAGGAAUGGAACUCUGGCACCUGAGCACACAAAGCAGGCAGACUUAGAAAGACAUAGGUUUGCUGCCCUUAAACCCCCUUUUUUUCCUUUUCUUUUCCCCUUUUCACACAUAUACAGUCUAUUUUUCUCCAACUUUGAAGAAUUAAAUUACUAUAAAAUUUCCCAUUUCACAUAUACAUAGUCUGUUUUUCUCCAAGUUUGAAGAAUCAACUACUUUUACCUUUCCUAAAGGGAUGAUGAUUUACGCCUCAAAAUGCAACAUCUCUUCAGGUGUUUAUAGUAUAGGGAUGUAUCUGGUCAUUUAGGGUACUGGGUAUAUUCCUAAGACUUAAGAUUGAAGUCAUUCGAGAACUGAAUGCCUUUCUAUUUGGGUAAAUGUGGUGAGAAUAAAGACUUUGCCUUAAUGAAGCUUGUUCAUUUCUGGUCUUGGGUAUUCUACUUUAAUCCUGAUCUUUCCUAUGGACAAGAAACCUGUGCAAAGAAACCUGUAAAAUGGUUUGUGAAUGUUAUAUGUAUCAAUAAAAACACUGGAAAGGGGCAA